GGAAGCCCUGGCCGAGCGGGCGCGGCCACCCCGGGCAGCGGCGGAGAGAAUCGAGGCAUUGACAGUCCCCCGCGAAACUGGCUCUGUAGCUGGGCCCGGCUUUACCGCUUCAGAGCUAGACCUCGGCCCUGCCCGAGGUGUCCUGCACCUGCUGGUGCCGGCUGCUGGGCGAGCCUCCCCUGCGGGGGCUUUCCGCAGCCACGUGAGCUGCGGGGAGGGGGAUGGAGGAGCAGGACCUCCCAGGAUGGGAGCAUCCCUGGGCAGACUUCCUCAGCAGCAUCCGAGCAAGAGAAGAGCCCCGGUCCAUGGAAGUCAGCGGGAAGUGGAAGCACGUGCAUAUGUUUGGAUGAAUGAAAUGAACCUGAGUUCGGUAGGGAUGGACCAGCUGACCUCAUCCUCUGUAAGCAAUGCCCUGCCUGUCUCAGGAAGUCACUUGGGACUGACUGCAUCACCCACUCACAAUGCCAUACCUGCACCAGGCUUGCCUGUUGCAAUUCCAAACUUGGGCCCCUCCUUGAGUUCCUUGCCCUCUGCCCUAUCUCUGAUGCUCCCAAUGGGUAUUGGGGAUCGAGGAGUGAUGUGUGGUAUACCAGAGAGAAACUACACCCUACCUCCACCACCUUAUCCUCACCUGGAGAGCAGCUACUUCAGACACAUUCUACCUGGUAUUUUAUCUUAUUUAGCAGACAGACCUCCACCUCAGUACAUCCACCCCAACACUAUAAAUGUCGAUAGCAAUCCAGCUUUAUCUGUCUCCAAUAAUCCUUCAGCCCUAGAUCCCUUCCAGCCCAGUGGAACUGUGGGACUGGAACCAGGGAUUGUUUCCAUGGACUCUCGUGCAGUGAACACACACGGUGCUCAAAACCUGCAUCCUAGUGACAGCCAUGAGGUAGCACUGGAUACCACAAUCGCUAUGGAGAGUGUUUCGAGGGUAACCAGUCCAAUAUCUACUGAUGGGAUGACUGAGGAGCUUACGAUGGAUGAUGUAGCUGGGGAUCAUUCACAAAUCCCAAAUGGCUCCCGGAAUCAUGCACCAUUAGCUGUAGACACGGUAGACAGUAACUUGGCUUCAGAUGCAGUGGGUCAUAGUGGUGUCAUACCCAUUCAUGGUAACACUUUGGAGAUUCCUGUUGUCAUGGAGCCUGACCACAUUGCAGGCCGGGUAAGCGGUAUAUCGGACAGCACAUUAAAUGACUCCAUACAUACCGUGGCCAUGAGCACCAACUCUGUGAGCGUGGCGCUCUCUACCUCACACAACCUAACUUCCCUGGAAUCUGUCUCCUUGCAUGAAGUGGGCCUCAGUCUCGAGCCUGUGGCUGUGUCUUCCAUAAACCAGGAAGUAGCCAUGGGUCCAGGCCAUGUGGAUGUGACUUCAGACAGUCUUGCCUUUGUACCAUCAUCUCUGCAAAUGGAAGACUCCAAUUCAAACAAGGAGAAUAUGGCUACUUUGUUUACCAUAUGGUGCACGCUCUGUGACAAGGCCUACCCAUCAGACUGCCCAGAUCAUGGGCCAGUAACCUUCAUUCCUGACACCCCAAUAGAGAGCCGAGCCAGACUUUCUCUCCCAAAACAGCUUGUUCUCCAGCAGUCUAUCAUGGCACCUGAAGUAGGUGUGUGGACUCGGGAGACCAUUCCUGUGAGGACUUGCUUUGGACCUCUGAUUGGGCAACAGAGUCACUCUUUGGAAGUAGCAGAUUGGACAGACAAGACAACCAAUCACAUUUGGAAGAUGUAUCACAAUGGCGUCCUGGAGUUCUACAUCAUUACAACUGAUGAAAACGAGUGUAACUGGAUGAUGUUUGUACGCAGAGCCCGGAAUCGGGAAGAGCAGAAUCUGGUAGCUUAUCCCCAUGAUGGAAAAAUGUACUUCUGCACCUCACGGGACAUCCCUCCUGAACAAGAGCUUCUCUUUUAUUACAGUCGGGAUUAUGCUAGACAGAUUGGUGUCCCAGAACACCCAGAUGUGCACGUCUGUCACUGUGGAAAGGAAUGCACUUCCUACACAGAGUUUAAGGCCCAUCUGAGCAGUCACAUCCAUAACCACAUCCCCAGCCAGGGGCACAGCAGCAGCCAUGGAUCGGGGCACAGUAAGGAAAGGAAGUGGAAGUGCUCCAUGUGCCCCCAAGCUUUCAUUUCUCCUUCCAAACUUCAUGUCCAUUUCAUGGGACACAUGGGCAUGAAGCCACACAAGUGCGAUUUCUGUAGCAAAGCUUUCAGUGAUCCCAGCAACCUCCGGACUCACCUCAAGAUACACACAGGUCAGAAAAAUUAUCGCUGCGCCCUCUGUGACAAGUCGUUCACCCAAAAGGCUCACCUGGAAUCACACAUGGUUAUCCACACUGGGGAGAAGAACCUGAAGUGUGAUUACUGUGAUAAGGUGUUCAUGCGGAGGCAGGACCUCAAGCAGCAUGUACUCACCCAUACACAAGAACGGCAGAUCAAGUGUCCCAGGUGUGACAAGCUGUUCCUGAGGACAAAUCAUCUGAAGAAACAUCUCAAUUCCCAUGAAGGAAAGAGGGACUAUGUGUGUGAAAAAUGCUCCAAGGCUUAUCUAACCAAAUAUCACCUCACUCGCCACCUCAAAAUCUGCAAAGGCCCCACAUCCAGUCUCUCAGCCCAGGAAGAGGAGGAUUCGGAGGAGGAAGAAUUAAUAGAGUCAGUGAGGACUGAAGACUGUAGGAUUAACAGUGGAGUGUAUUCAACAGAUGACUCUCUCUCUGGACAUAAGUGACGGAAGAGGGAGGAAAAGUCACUCCCCUUUCCCCAAGCAUCAUGUUUUUAUCAAUGAAACAUUGUAUCCCUAUUUAAUAAGCCCUACGGCUAAAACUCUGAAUGAGAAUGGAUGACGCACUUAUCUGUUAAGAAACAGUUUCUAGUAAGGAGAUCAAAAAAAUACACUGUGCACAGACUGCCUCUUGUUUUUCAUAUAUUUUGCUCAAACACUGACAUGAUAAGAAAGUCACCUUGCUCCAGUCUUCGGAUGGAAAAAUCAUGAAAAAAGAUUUGGUUACCAUAGGAACCUGAGAGUUAACAUCUUGAACUGCCAAAGCCAUGAAAGUAUGUUGGGGAUUUAAAAGGAAAAAAAUGUGUAUUUUGAUACUUUAAUUCAAAGGGGUUUGUGUGUUCUCUCUCAGGCUCAGAGCAUAAUACAGAGAAUUCGAAUGCUCAGCUUUCCUUCUAGAAGUACAAAUUAAAUGCUUUGGUUAAAAAAUAGUCUGAAAUCAGCACUCCUGGUGGAUAACACAAUUACCUGAGCACAAAAUUGUAUAGGAGACCAACAUUUGGCUUUCAGAUAAGUGUUGCCUCUUAAUUUCCAGUUCAAUAGGAGAUGAGGCAUGUAGUGAUCCUACUUAAUUCCAUAUGUUCAGUUUUGAUGGGUUGACUUGGCUUUAGAACACCAGAGGCUUGAAAUUGUCCAGCUAGUUUAUAUUACUCAUUAUUAAGCUGUAAACUGUAGCCACGUAAGGUGCUGGUGAUGAUGGGAGGGUUUGCUGCUAAUGUAUUUAUGGAAUGAAAAUGUACUUCAUUCAAACCUGUUUUCCUUUUGGAAAAAUUAAAAUGUGGCUCUUUUCUAAGGUGCUCUCUCAUACUUACAAGUCUCCCUUUUGAAAGUUUCUGACUUUAUGCGUUUCCAGACCACAAUGGAAAAAUGCAGAUCCUCAGUGUGUGUAUCAACAUGUACCACACUCCUAACCCAAUUCUGCCUUUGUAGGGCUUGCUGCUACUGUCCCCAUGCAGUUAAGCAUUAUACACAAACAUUAUUUUGAAAAACUGUCAUUUCAGAGCCAGUUUUAAUAAAAUGGCAGCUGAGGGCCUGUCAACAAGGUUGAAUUUAACAGAGACUGUUAAAAAUAACCAGAGAGCUCGUUUUGCCAUGCUCUCUCUCUCAAUUACUUAAACUGUAGAGCUUCCUCGAGGAAAGAACAGUUUGAAGAUCUCUGAUGGCAUAACCGUGAGAGAUACCACAGCUGAGGAAGAGUGACUUGCACUACAAAUAGGAACUUUGCUGAUAUGGCUCCAGCCCAAACUUUGAUUUUGUUAAGUCCCAGCCCUUGUAAGCACUUUAAAGAUGUACAGAUCCUGGUAAAAAUGCAAUGAGUAGCUGCUGAACUAAUCACAGUUAGGUGUGGGGGUAGGGUAACAGACUGCCUAUAUGUAUUCAGGCUGUGGGGGCAAAAUACAUAAAGAGCAUUGAGUGGAAAGAGGAUGUACUGUGUAAAUGCAUGUAGUAGACCUUACCCAGAUAAACAGGCAGCAAAUCUGUGUAAAUUAGUAUUUACUGGGAUUUUGUUUACAGAAGUUGGCAAGGGGGUCAGACCUACAGAGGUAGUUAGAUGCCUCACUCACCCCUGCAACCUCCCCUUUGCCUUCCAUCUAAACUCAUGUGGCACCCAAAGUUUCCCUAGGUGACUCAAGUUUCUGCCUCUGGAUAGGCAGCUGGAUGACUUUUAUACCUUAGGCCCAGCAUGAUUAUCAAACCAGGGGAAGUAAGAUCUUCUGAUCACAGCUGGCUGGGUGGGUAUGCUCGAGGCAGCCCAUGCUGGCAGUAGGCUCAUGUGUUUACAUGGCAAAAGCAACCGGAAAAUAAAUUCAAGCUGGAAGUGCAGCACACCCUUCAUUUCUGAAAAAAGUCAAGGUAUUUUUUUUUUUUUUUUUUUUUUUUUUACAGUAAGUACAACUGCUUUGGAGAAACAAUUUCUAUCUCAGCCACUAAAGGAGCAUAGGAUUAGCAAACACUCCAUUAUAUGAAAGCGACUAUCCCUAAGCAUAAAGCUUUUGAAAACAGGCACUUAACUACUUCUACACUUCCUACCUUGAAAAGCAGAAAGUAAAGUUCACUUGUACAAAAGGAAAUCCCUUGUUAACUGAAUCUAGGUGCACAAACAAAAGCAGAUUCUACCUACUGAUUUUUUCCCCCCCUUCCAAAAGUUACAAGACAAUUAGCUGAAAAUAUAAUAGUAUUGAUUGACAAUACAGUACUUUCUCAACUCCUGGGGCUCAAAUAUACAUUAUCAAUUAAAAAAAGGCUCCAGUGACCCAGCCAAAGGAGUACGGAAUUUAAGAAAAGUUUGCUAGUUUGUUUUUGUUUUUAUCUAUACUGAAAAAGCUAAAGCAGUACAACUGCCCUACUAUGUACAAAGUUAUUCUUGUAUAGGAAAGGGAAAUAAGCUGCACGUCACCUGUGUGUAAUUACAACAGCAUUAGGGCAUAUACUGAUAUAAGUCAGUAUAUUGGUAAAAAUAAACAAAAUACCACACAGUCUAGCCUCAUUUUAAAAAGAAACUGAAUUUCUCACAGAUCAUCAUCCCAGAAGCUGAAACUUUAGUGUGAGAUAUUGGCAACCAAGAACCCCACCGUCUAGCCAAACCUAACUGACAGAAAGAUACUUUAAUAAGAAGGCUGUUAAGACAGAAUGAAACUGAAUGUCAGGACUAUAGAUCAGGAAUGGACUACUUGGGGGGG